AUGGAUAACCCAUCACUUCCUACUGCCAUAAUGGGAGCAGCUACAUCUGUUAUUACUUUGGGUGUUGUUCUUUUGAAAGGACUAAGAUCUAGAAGAGUUAUGCCUAGAGAACCUCAUGUUAAUCGAGAAUCAGUUCAGACAGUGCACCGAUACUUUAGGCAUGUCCUUAGAGCUAUUUUGCAAUUAUACAAACACAUGAUUAGAGAGCCUGACAAAGAUAUACCCCUGGAGAUAAGAAAUAGCAGUAGGUUUAACUCCUAUUUUAAGGAUUGUGUAGGAGCUAUUGAUGGAACUCAUGUUCGUGCAUCUGUUCCAAUUCAAAUACAAGGAAGGUUUAGCGGCCAAAACGAUGGAACAACACAAAAUGUCCUUGCUGCUGCUGCUGCUUUUGACUUAAAAUUCACUUAUGUAUUAGUUGGUAAAUAUUAUCUUAGUGAUGCUGGUUAUGGAGUUCGGAAAGGAAUUAUAUCCCCUUAUCGUGGUGUUCGUUACCAUUUGAAAGAGUUUAGUGAUAACCCACCAAGAAAUGACAAAGAAUUAUUCAAUCUUCGCCAUUCUUCUUUACGCACUAGCAUUGAGCGUUGUUUUGGGGUUUUGAAGAAACGUUUCCGUGUGUUAGAUGCAAAACCUUUUUGGUCAUUCCCAACACAAGUGGAUGUAGUCUUAGCUUGUUGCAUAAUUCACAAUCAUAUAAUAGGAGUUGACCCUUUAGACUCAAUUAUGAGCAAUGGGCUUCAUGGUAGUCCACUUGCAAAUGAUAGUACAAGUAGAAGAGUCCAACAAUCACAAAGGGAAGUCCAAGAAGAAAAUAGAGAAUGGAUUCAAAAAUGGGAUGAUAUUUGUCAUAAAAUGUGGGAGGAUUAUAAUGCUAUGGAGUGA